AUGACGUCCGCAACCCUCGCCGCUCCUUCCGCUGCCUCCGCGCGCCUAGCGGGGCCUUCCGCCGCGAGAUGCGGGCAGCCCGCCACGUGUUCCCUCACCGCAUCCUCUGCUGGUGUCUCCAGACGCGCCUCCGCCGCCCUUACGAGCGACUUUCUCCCAUCGCGGCCCAGACAAGCGCUGCGGGCAGCAACGGGCCGCAAGCCGCGAGCAACCUCCGUGCGCCCCGGCCACGUGUUCGCGUCUGCUGACGUGGCGCAGCUGCGCGGAGCGCGCGAGGCGAUUAAGGACAUCAUCACGAGCAAGUCGUGCAACCCUAUUCUCAUCCGCCUGGGCUGGCACGAUGCGGGCACGUUCGACAAGUCUGUGGGCGAGUGGCCAAAGCAGGGCGGCGCCAACGGCAGCAUUCGCUUCCGCCCCGAGAUCGACCACGGCGCCAACAAGGGGCUGGCUGGGGCCAUCGCGCUGCUACAGCCGGUCAAGGACGCCUUCCCUGCCGUCAGCUGGGCCGACCUGUUCCAACUCGCCAGCGCUACAGCCGUGGAGUUCGCAGGUGGGCCGGUCAUCCCCAUGAGGUACGGCCGAGUGGAUUCUACCGGACCCGAGGACUGCACACCUGAAGGCAACCUGCCAUGUGAUUUCAACAGAACCCUCCAGGUGCUUCCAACAGAACCCGUUAGGUGA